AUGCACUCUACUGAAACAAGCGUUUGGGGCCCCAAUGGAUCCAUACGUUUUUUCCAUGGUUUUCCAGAUUCACCUGAGGCCAUCGCCAUUGCUACGGAGGCCGCGUCGCGCGCCAAUACUGUUAUGGUUAUUGAGGAUUCGGAUCACAUCUACGAUCACGUGAAGGCAAACCUUGAUGCCUACCAUCAUUUCGCGACGCCAGGGAGCUACUUCCUCGUGCAAGACACGCGCCUGGGAGGGCCGCACCAAGCGCUGCGUAAUUUCCUUGAAAGCGCCAGCGGAGCUUGUUAUGACAUCGACAAGCGCUGGGAAUAUUUCAUAUAUUCGCAGCAUUUCGAUGGAUUUCUGAGGCGGAGGAACAACUGCACAACGUAA